AUGGCAAACGAGCGCAAGUUGGAAUUAGGAAACGUACUCGUGGUGGGAGGCUGUGGGUUUUUGGGGUGGCACAUUGUCGAUCAUCUGUUGAACUUCCCCUCGGAGAACGAUCCUAGCGUUGCCCUUCCAAAGGUUCAAGGUGAUGCUCGAUUCAAUUACCCAACCCUGGGCUCUCGAUUCCCCAGCUACAAGGCCAAUGUUUCAAUCGUUGACUUGCGCACUACCAACAACCGCCUCCCUGGUGCCACUUACUAUGAUGGCGAUAUCACCUCCGUCGAGUCGAUGCUAGAGGUGUUCCGCGCUGCUAAGCCUGAUGUUGUCAUUCAUACCGCCACACCAUCUGUUCUCGAAGGCAACAAAACGUUAAUGCACAAGGUGAAUGUUGAUGGAACACGCACACUUGUCCAGGUUGCAGGCGGUGAGCAUGGAGAUUGGGGCGGCAAGUGCAAGGCUUUUGUCUACACCAGUUCCAGCUCCGUCGUGCAUGACACCCAGAGUGAUCUGAUCAAUGUCAACGAGGAAUGGCCUCUUAUCCGGGGACAGCUGCAGCAGGAGUACUACUCCGAGACCAAAGCGAAUGCCGAAGAGAUCGUUCUCAAGUACAACCGCCAGUCACCCACUGGAAUGGUGACCUGCGCUAUUCGCCCGGCCGGCAUUCUCGGAGAAAAAGACACGACUAUUACGCACAAGGUCCUCGAGCAUGGCUCUCAGGCAUCUGCAAACGUCCUCAAGAUGCAACUAGGCGAUAACGAGAACCUUUUCGACUUUACAUACGUCGGUAACAUCGCCUAUGCACACAUGCUUGCCGCACACAGGCUGGUGGCGACAUAUAACCGUUACGAGUCCAACCAGAGUGGGCCUCUAGAUCACGAGAAGGUCGAUGGCGAGGCGUUCAACAUCACCAACGACUCUCCCAUUUACUUCUGGGACUGCACCCGUGCUAUGUGGGCAUUGAUCGACCGAGUUGUCGAGCCGGAGACGGUAUGGGCACUUCCCGAGGGUCUAUUGUCUCCUAUUGGCGGCCUGGCUGAAACUGUCCUCGGAAUCUUUGGCAAGACUCCUCGCUUGACCCGCCGCGUAGUACGUUACUCUUGCAUGACCCGGUACUUUUCGGUCGAUAAGGCCAAGUACCGCUUGGCAUACCUGCCCGUGAUUCCAAUCGAUGAGGGUAUUGCUCGUGCUGUCGGAUAUGUGGUUGAGAAGAAGCGCCAGGAUGAAGGUAAGAAGGCGUUGUAA